CGGAAGUCGCUUGAACAGCAGGCUGUCACCGGAGCCGCUAGCCGCCUGCUGCCCUAAAAAAAAAAAGUGAAAUUCAUCGUUAACAGCGUCGCCAGGUACAAGUAAACCCAGCUGCCGCAGGAAUAUGGACGACGACGUGCUGACGACCCUGAAACUGUUGAUUAUCGGUGAAAGCGGAGUCGGGAAGUCCAGUCUCCUCCUGAGGUUCACAGACGAUACUUUUGACCCAGAGCAGUCAGCAACAAUAGGUGUGGAUUUCAAAGUAAAGACACUCGCAAUAGAUGGAAACAAAGCAAAACUCGCCAUAUGGGACACAGCCGGACAGGAAAGGUUUCGCACCCUGACACCCAGCUACUACCGCGGCGCACAGGGAGUCAUACUUGUAUAUGAUGUCACAAAGCGUGACACUUUUACGAAGCUUGAAAACUGGCUGAAUGAACUGGAAACCUACACAACUCGUAAUGACAUUGUAAAGAUGCUCGUCGGGAACAAGAUUGAUCGGGAUGACCAUGAAGUGGACAGAAACGAGGGACUGAAAUUUGCGAGGAAACACUCCAUGCUUUUUAUUGAGGCCAGUGCAAAGACCAAAGAUGGCGUCCAGUGUGCCUUUGAGGAGCUUGUGGAGAAGAUCCUCCAGACUCCAGGGCUUUGGGAGAGUGAAACCCAGGGUCAGAAGGUCCGUCUGGGGCAGCAGGAGGAGAGCAGUGGCAGGGCAUGUGGAGGAUACUGUUCCAUACCCUGAAACCAGACAGAAGGAAAACCUGAUAGGAACGACCACGGACCAGAAACAGAGAGAAAGGGAGAUGUGGAACUGGAUGAGUACUUUUUAAAGAAAAAAGUUUAUUGUUGGAGUAGAACUGUCGGUCAAAAGGACUUUGCUGUUUGCACACUUCCUUUUCAACCAUCAUCUGUCACUUCUUUCUGUUUAAAACAUGAAUGGAAGGAUCACGCAAAAAUAGCCUCUUGCCUAAGGAUCUGUAGUUUUUUAAAUUGACAGAACCAUGCCAAGUGUACAGAGCGUUAUACAAGUACAUGUCUGGUUUGAAUUUAUCUUAUUGGCAGCAGUGAUUCUGUUGUACAUUAAGGCAUCAGGUUAAUAGCAUAGUGCCUAUUACAUGAACCAAUUUGUAGGUAACAGCACAUAGCUUGUUAAAUUUUACCCCAAAUAAUUCAUUAUAAUCAGGACAGAUUUCCCCUCAAUUCCUAUAGAAAAAAAAACUAGCUCCCCGCUCGUGCUUUGUGAGCUGUAAAUGUCAACUUCUAUGUAGCUGCAAAUUUAAAAGUACGAAAUGUUCUACAAUUUGCGAGCUUUACUUCAUAAAUGACACAUCACUUAGAUUUGGUGCAAGAGACUUUGAUUGAUCUGUCAUCGUGCACCGCAACACUGUGAGUAAGACAUUUCACAACUGUUACAGUUACUGACAGCAGUUCAUUUUUACUGUUAAUACAAUUAUUGUUUCUUUGAUGGUGAUUUCCACCAAAUUCUCUGCUUCAGAACAUAUACAGGCUUUUGAAUGAACUGAUUUCCUGUUUUAUUUUUCCUCUUUACGUCGACAUAUGCAAGACAAGUAGCCAUCUUUGUCUUUUAGGAUUUCCUGCAAUCAAACCUUUCGUCUUUUGUCUUUGCAUGUCUGAUGUGGACCAUAACUUCCACGGCUACAAGUGUAAGGUUUACAGUAUUAAAAGACUACUUCACCCGAAAAAUUAUAAUUUGUUUAUCACUGUGUUAUGCUGAAUUUGUUAAGAAAACUUUGUUUAUCUUGCGUGCCCCCACGGUGAACGCAGAAUCAAGAUAAGGCUAACAUUCUUUAUGAACUGAAGUCACAAGUGGACGUGUCUAACAACAGCAAAACUAUGUCAGAACAUCGAAUUACAAACUAAUACACAACUUGUGCAGUGUAACACAAAUCCAAUUGUUUGCUCAGACCUUCCCAAGUACAUGCAUUUUCACUAAAACACAAUAUAAAACACACCCGCCUAUGAGUACUGUAACCUGAUUGUUACGUACAUACUUAAAAUCAAGUGGCAACCUUCCGGGCUGAAAAAUGAAGCCAAUACAGAGGUGUCAAAAACUGCAGUUCCUCUAAUGGCCACUUGGGGCUGGCUCCAAAAGCAAGUCAACCCCCACAAACCCUCAUGUUAACAUGUCCAACUUUAUUUUACAGCAGCUGAUCUCAUCCUCUGCUCGGAGACCUCAUUUGUUCUCUCAAUUUGCGGACAUUGUUGGCUGCUUUUCUUCAUCUUUGAGUUAGCUGCUAACUGCUGCUAGCUGCUUUUUAAAUCUUUUGACUGUGGGUUGCACACAUAACACGUCGUCAAAACGUCACUCCUGUCUGGUCCUGCUGACUGUCCUUUUUACAGAGACGUCGAUUUAGUGUUGUUACUACCUCUGCUGCCAGCUCAAAGGCUAAACCAUUCUGUCCUCCAUUCUGCAACUGUACCAUUUAUAAUUUGGUCACCUCUGGCUCCCAAAAAAAAAGAUGGUGGUGGCAGAAAUGCAAGAGGCUUCAAAACGGUCCACAAACCAAUAGGUGACAUCACGGUAGCUACGUCCAUUAUUUGUCUAUGUUUUAUUUGUCCAUUCUGUGGUUUAAACAUGCAUGUGCCCAGGUGCGCUACUCAUACGUGAGACUGUUUAUGCUGACGCCUGAUAACUCGUAAGGUUUUAGUAAAAAUACAUGUGUUUGUGAAGUACUGAGCAUACGACUGGAUAAACGAGGCUUGGAUUAUACGUGAGUUGCGUGUGAGAUUGUAAACGGCUGUUUUGAUAUAUUGCUAUUGUUGUUAAAGGCGGCCCCCGUUUACUUCAACUCAUGAAGAAUGUUCGUCUGUUUUGGAUUCUCCAUUCACCGUGAAGGCUUGCGAGAAAACCAGUUUUUCUUCAUGAAUUCACGGUGACACACAGUGAGUAACUGAUUUCCAAAUUAUCAUUUUGUGAGUGAAGUAUUAGCAAUAAAAUAUGCUCUUUAAUUCACUUGAGCUCACAGCUUUUAUUUUGCCAAUCUGAUCUGGCAAAAUGAAGGAAGCCGUUUCUUCAUUUAGUCCCAGCGUGACCCUGUGAGCUCGUUUUUUCCCCCUAUUUAUUUUGCAGUUUCUGUGUGGUGCUGUGGUUCAUAUAACGUCCCACUGACUUGUUGAAGGCAUUUCUCACACAUUAUAGUAUAAGAGCAUUCCUGAGUGCUUUGUUCUUCCCCCUGUCUACAGUACAGUAUGGAUCUGAUGUAUUGUUUGAAUUCCUUUUCUUGUUUAAAAUCACGUUGACCUCUAUCCCUGUCGUUUUUCCUGUUGUGUUUGCUGUGUGCGCCUCUUUGAAUCAUACUCAGCAUUAUGUUAAAUUGAUAUCUGCCUUAACAUUGAAUGGAAUUAAGGUCCAGUAACGUUUGUAUUGUUUCAAACGGAAAUAAAUGACAACCUCGA